AUGGUAAUGUCUAUGGAUGAAUUCUAUAAUCGUUUUAAAAUGAAAGCAAGGGACAAUGUGCUGUUAUGGGCUGUAAUAGUUGUUAUGAUUUUGUUUGCAGGUAUAACAGAACGGUUUGGGAUUGCCUCAACGAGACCAUUUUCACUUAACGAAAUACCUAUAUCAUACCCUUACACAGCGAAUGAAAAAUACAGUGAUAAGCUGUUGCUUUUUGUCUGUUUCCUUGUACCUCUUGCCGUGACGACUGCAUUGAUAUUCAGUGACGGCAAGAGCAGAGAAUUCCAACGGUUUUAUGAAACAAUUUCAUCAUUUACCUUUGCCAUGGGGUUGGCUGUCUUUAUCACUACUUUUUUAAAGAUAAGAUUGGCCAAACUGAGGCCCGACUUUCUAGCCCGCUGUGGUGCUAAACUCAAAAAGGGCGAUCUCGAAACCGUUAUGUUCACAGUCGACAUUUGCACUGCGCCAUACGGCGAGUUUGUACUGUACGACGGCUUUAAAUCGUGUCCUUCUGGCCACUCCACUGUCUCUAUGUGCGGUAUGCUGUUUCUGUCUCUGUGGCUAUAUUAUACUUAUGCAAGAGAGCACACCAAUGGAAUAGUCAAAAUAUUGUGUUUCACACCGUUGCUUGUUGCAUUGGAUGUAGUGACAAGUCGAAUUUACGACUUCAAACACGAUUACUACGACGUCACCCUUGGCUCCGUCAUUGGCAUUGCUGCCACUCUUGUGGCAGUCCAAUUUGUCCACCUUGAAGAACUCAAGGAGGAACAAGAACUCAUUCUACCCGUGUAG